CGUACAGAUGGUGUCAUCUGGAGCUUGAGUUGCUGCACGCGAGUAUCGAAGGUCUGGUGAGAGAUUAAUUCUUCGGAGGGCUGACAAUGGCCAAGAACAAAUUAAGAGGGCAGAAGUCCAGGAAUGUAUUUCACAUAGCCAGCCAAAAGCACUUUAAGGCUAAAAACAAAGCAAAACCAGUUACCACUAAUCUUAAGAAAAUAAACAUUGUGAAUAAUGAAAAAGUUAACAGAAUGAAUAAAGCUUUCAUAGAUAUACAAAAGGAACUUGCACACUUCUCAAAAAGCCUUUCUCUUGAACCUCUACAGAAAAAGCUGAUUCCUCAGCAGCAGCAUGAAAAUGAACCAGUUAAUGUUGACGAAGCUGCAAGAUUAAUGGCUCAGUUGUAAUACAGUUAUGAUGCAUCAAAUUCCCCCAAAAGACCAAAAAAUUAAAAUGUUUUAUACAAUUUUAUUUUUAAAAAUCUUGUUAAUGUACAGGCAUUGGCACAUUUUAAAAACAAACUACAUAGACAGAUCUUUCCUAUAACCUAGGAAAGUGGAAUGUCAGAAGUCAACAUGUGAUAAACUUAAAGUGCUAAAACAGAAGGCACUUCACAAAAUCUGUUCACUGAAACAGUUAUAUAUCCUCGUUUACAUCCUUCACUUUAUAAGUGGCAGUGAAUGUCUGUUUGAAGGACAUACAGAAAUAUAGAUAAUUUCAUGGCAGUGAAAAUAUAAGAUAAACAAGUGAUGAGCCCUUGGCCAUCUUUUUCUGUUUUUGAUGACCUGAAGUCUACUUUAACUUUCCUCUCAUAAGAGGAAAAAACAGAAUAAUUCAGAAUUGGAUGGAAGAAAAGUUGAAAUUUCAGAAUGUAAUUACUUGGGGGGUGGGGAAGUUGGUUGAUAUUAAAUCACUUCUCCCCUGAAGCAAUCAGAGCCCUUUGUUUUUAUGGUUGAAGUUUUGUGAAGUAAAGAAGAAAGUAUUAGGGAAGAACACUUCAGAAUCAGUGAACUAAAAAGGUGUUACAUUCAUUAUUUUAAAUACUUAGGUUAUGAAGAAAUCUAAAAUGUUACACAGUUAGAGGUAGAUAACAGUCCCAAGUUUCCAUGGAAUCUAAUAAUUUAGUAUCUGGACAUCAAACAGAUCACAAACUCCUUCAUUAUCAUCUAAAUUAAAGUUGUAGUCAUCUGCUGGGGUAGGAGAAAGCCGCAGGAGAGGAAAUACUGCAAACCAAAAACAAAUUCAAUGUUAAAGAUGGUUUCUACAUCAUCUACAGGUAGUGAUGUUUAACAUAAAAUACCCUCAAAUGCAUCAAUCCAAGUUAAAUUGUUUCCUAUGUCAGACAUAAAUUUUUUUUAAAUAUAGGAAAAGUAAUCAAA